AUGGAGCCAACCAUUGUGACUGUCACAACACUGAAUAAUUGGGUCCUGGAUUUUGCAGGCAACCAAAGACGCAUCAUUGAGUCAAUAAAAAUAUCAAAAGACGUCCAUAAGGCAAAAGUGCGCAUUGGGAGUGAGCUGGAAAUUCCAGGUUACAGCUGUGAAGACCAUUUCUUAGAGCCAGACACCUUUUUCCACUCUUGGGAAGUCCUAGCUGAAGUAUUGAAGCUCACAAAGACUGAGCCUUAUAACGAUAUUUUAUGCUUGGUAGGAAUGUGUAUAAACCACCACGGCGUUCUUUAUAACUGUGGAGUUUUCGUCUAUAAUGGAACAGUCAUUCUGAUCAAGCCUAAGCUUAUUUUGGCUGAUGAUGGGAAUUAUAGAGAAAGCAGAUGGUUUACCCCAUGGUCUGGUGGCACUAUGGUUAUGGAUUUCACGCUCCCACGGUGUAUUUCUGAGCUUUACGGACAAAGGAAGUCAAAAUUCGGCAAUGCUAUGCUAAGGACUGAAGAAGGCUAUAUAAUUGGCACUGAAUGCUGUGAAGAAUUGUGGGCUCCAAUUCCUUCCUCAACUUCUUUAUUUUUACAAGGCGCACAUGUCGUUUUUAACCAAUCUGGCUCGCAUUUCAGCUUACUCCCCCCCCCAUCCUUGAUCGAACGAUUGACUGUAGAAAUUCCUAAAAAUUGGGGAAAUUAACCCCCCCCAUCCUUGAUCGAACGAUUUUCAUAUCAUGCAAAUUUUUAUAUAUAUAAAAAAUAUUAGUUAUCAAAUGCUUUGGAAGAUAUACCUAAUGAAGUUGCUUUCAGAGCUUUGAGACGACAGAAAGCUGCGAAAUCAACCAUCCGAAGUGAUUUAGACAUCAACAUAGGCUUAAAAGCUCAAUAAUCUAAUAAAAUAGAGAUUCUUUAAAAUUUUAAAAAAAUAUUUAAUUUAAAUUAAAAUUUAUACAGUUUAAAAGGGUAACUAAUAAAUCAAAAUAUUAAAAAUUGGUAUUUUUAUGAAAUUAAUUCAAUUUUUUGCUGUAAAAAUAAUUAUUAAAUAGUAAAAUAAAAAAAAUCUAUAUAUAUCUUUUUCAUUUUAUAUAUAAAAUUUUUUCCCAAAAAAUUUUUUUUAACCCCCAUCCUUGAUCGAACGAUGGCGAGUCGUUCGAUCAAGGAUGGGGGGGGGAGUUAAGAAAACUAGAAAAAAGAAUCGACCUUAUAAAAUCAGCCACAAAUAAAACAGGUGGAAUUUACUUGUAUGCUAAUAAUAGAGGUUGUGAUGGGAAUCGUAUGUAUUUUGAUGGAUCCUCUAUGAUUUGUGUAAAUGGGAGAAUUGUGGCAAGCUCAAACCAAUUUAAUUUGAAAGAUAUUGACGUUUUAAGUGCAGCUGUUGAUUUGUCAAGCAUUGAGACGUUUAGAAGUCCUGCAAAUGCAAGAGCCAUGCAAGCAACUGAGUCAGUAAAACUAAGCUACCCAAUUAUUGAUAUAACUGGAUUUUACUUGCUCUGCCCAUCAGUUCCUUGUAUAACUCAGCCAAUUAAUGAGCCUGGACUCAGCAUUGAAGAACAAAUAGCAGGCGCCCCAGCUUGCUGACUAUGGGAUUACUUGCGUAGGUCAGGGGCUAAAGGAUUUUUUUUGCCUCUUUCAGGAGGUGCUGAUUCUGCUUCAACAUUAGCUCUUAUUGGAUGCAUGUGCAAGCUUGUAUAUGAUAGCUUAAAAUCAGAAACAGGCUAUAAUAAAGAAGUAAUAGAAAGCGAUUUAAGGAAACUUAUAGGAAGGCUGCCUGAAAGUCCGAGAGAUUUGGCAAGCGAAAUAAUGCAUAGUGCUUAUCUUGGCACUGUUAAUAGCUCAGAAGAAACUAAAAGCAGAUCAAGGAGAGCUGCGGAAGAAAUUGGAUCAAGACAUUAUGAAGUCGUCAUUGAUAAAAUUGUAGAAAGCUUUAUAGGACUGUUUACUAGGCUUUCUAAAAGUAAAAGACCGGAAUUUAAAGCAAAUGGAGGGACGUGGAUUGAAGAUUUGGCUCUGCAAAAUAUACAAGCAAGAAGUAGAAUGAUUGCUGCUUAUUUGAUGGGACAGUUGCUACCGUGGCAUCAAAAUAAGCCUGGAUAUUAUUUGAUACUAGGAAGUGGGAAUCUAGAAGAAGGGCUUACGGGGUAUAUGACAAAAUAUGAUAAUUCAAGUGCAGAUCUGAACCCUAUUGGAGGAAUUUCAAAAGUUGACUUAAAAAGAUUUCUGAUUUGGGCUAGUGAUAAAUUGAAUGCCCCAGCUCUUACUCUUGCUCAUUCACUGAUAAGGCUAUUUGUUUUUCAAAAAAUUUAAAAUAUUUACUGUAAAAAUUAAUUUACUUUAUAAAAUUAUUUGCGACUAUUUAAAAGUUAAUAGGAUUUAUUAAUACUAUCACUUAUAUAGGGUCUGACUCCUCAUUGGUUCUGAGGAAAGAUAAAAUUACUUUUGAUAUUUUAAAAUGCCCAAAUGCCAAAUUUAAAACUAACAAAUAGAGAUGCAAAAUGAUAUUUUUAAAUUUAUAAGAUUUUCUUAGAUUUUAAAAUAAUUUCCUUAUAAAGGCAUUGCCCUUAAAGAUCUUAUGAAGGGUUGUGCGCUAUAUAUCAAAAUAUUGCUAUAUAAAAAUUAAUUAAAACAUUUCUGCUCGCUCAUGGUGUGAUUUUUUCCCCAAAAUAAGGAGUUUUGCUCGUUCGAGGACAGGGAAAGAGCUAGUGAAAUAGCUUUUGCAGUGCCCACUGCUGAGCUAACACCUUUAAAAGAAGGACAAAUCUGCCAAACUGAUGAAGCUGAGCUUGGGCUGACUUAUCCUGAGAUGUCAGCUUUGGCAAGGCUUAGAAAAGUUGACCAUCUUGGUCCACUUUAUACUUAUAAAAAAUUGUUGUCUGAGUGGAGACAUUUAAGUAAGCUUGAAAUUGCUACUAAAGUGAAAAGGUUUUAUACAUUAUAUGGGAAAAAUAGACAUAAGAUGGCAACGAUUACACCAUCUUUGCAUGUAGAGUCUUAUUCAGCAGAUGAUAAUAGAUAUGAUAUUAGACCACUAUUUUAUAACUUCCAAUGGGAAAUGCAGUUCCAGCAAAUAGAUGAAGAUAGCCAAAGUAAUUAA